AUGCAUCCACAGAGUCUGGCUGAAGAGGAGAUAAAGACGGAGUCGGAUGUGGUAGAAGGGAUGGAUGCACCUGUACGAUCUAAAGCGCCCGAUCCACCGGGGUCAACAGAACGCUCCGUAGCACCAUUGAAGAGGAGAGCAUCGAGUCCCACCCACUCCUCCAAUGGACACUCUCCAUCUGACACCUCCCCCAGUCCGCUCAAGAAAAAGAAAAAGCCUGGAGCCAUGAACUCCAACAAAGACCAGUCAGAGCUAAGACAUGGUCCCUUUUACUAUAUGAAGCAGCCAGCACUCACCACAGACCCUGUUGAUGUUGUACCGCAGGACGGCAGGAAUGACUUCUACUGCUGGUUGUGCCACCGCGAGGGCCAGGUGCUCUGCUGUGAGCUCUGCCCCAGGGUGUACCACGCCAAGUGCCUCAAACUACCAGCUGAGCCUGAGGGCGACUGGUUCUGUCCUGAGUGUGAGAAAAUAACAGUUGCUGAAUGCAUUGAAACACAGAGCAAAGCAAUGACUAUGUUGAAUAUAGACCAACUUUCUUACUUGCUGAAAUUUGCACUCCAAAAGAUUAAACAGCCUGGGACAGAGCCCUUUCAGAAGCCCGUGUCCUUGGAACAGCAUCCUGACUAUGCUGAGUACAUCUUUCACCCCAUGGACUUGUCUACUUUAGAAAAGAACAUAAAGAAGAAAAUGUAUGGUUGCACUGAAGCCUUUCUGGCUGAUAUGAAGUGGAUCUUACACAACUGCAUCAUUUAUAAUGGAGGCAAUCACAAAUUGACAGCAACAGCCAAAGUCAUUGUCAAGAUAUGUGAACAUGAGAUGAACGAGAUUGAAGUAUGCCCUGAGUGCUAUCUGUCUUCCUGCCAAAAAAGGGACAACUGGUUCUGUGAGCCAUGUAGUCAACCUCAUACCCUAGUCUGGGCUAAGCUGAAAGGCUUCCCCUUCUGGCCAGCAAAAGCUCUUCGUGAAAAGGAUGGUCAGGUGGAUGCACGUUUCUUUGGGCAACAUGAUAGAGCUUGGGUCCCCAUCAAUAACUGCUACCUAAUGUCCAAAGAGAUCCCUUUCUCCGUGAAGAAGACAAAAAGCAUUUUCAACAGUGCCAUGCAAGAAAUGGAAGUUUAUGUAGAAAACAUUCGCAAGAAAUUUGGUGUUUUUAAUUAUGCGCCAUUUCGAUCCCCAUACACGCCUAACAACCAGCUUCAAAUGCUACUGGACCCUUCUAACCCGAGCGCUGGGACUGUAAAAACAGAAAAACCUGAUAAACUGCGCUUUAAUUUUGAUUUAACUGCAUCUCCGAAGAUGGUUCUUAGUAAAAGUUCCACACCCAGUGGUAUGAAUCGAAGAGUCUCCAUGACAGACAUACCUCGAUCACCGAUGAGUACUAACUCCUCUGUUCACACGGGGUCUGACGGGGAGCAGGAUACGGAAAAGACCGGUCGAAAUUCUGCCUUUCACUACAGCACAGGAGAGGAAUCCAUGGACUGCAGUGCAUCUCCUGUGUCAGGAAAGGUUGGUCCAGCAGGCAGUUUGACAGGCAGCCCCAAACCACUCAACUCUACCUUAGUGGCCAAGCAAGAAAGGCCUGCAUCCACAGGUGGCAUUCUCAAUCUGAACCUCGAUCGAGUGAAAGCUGAGAUGGAUCUGAGAGAGCUGAGCGAGAGUGUUCAGCAGCAGCAGCAACAACAGCAACAGCCGGGCUCGACUGCUCUUCCCACGCCAAAGAGAGCGAUAAGGAGCCUUGACAAGACUAUAGAAAGCUGCAAGGCUCAGCUCGGAAUAGAUGACAUUUCUGAAGAUGUUUAUAAAGGUGUGGAUCAUAGUGACACAGAAGACUCUGAUAAAUCUGACACUAGUGAUAGCGAAUAUGUCAGUGAAGAGGAACACAAGCCAAAGAGCUCUGCACAGGAAGAAAAGGUCAAAGUAGAUCGAAAGAGGCCCAAAGUAAAAACAGAAGCAGAGAAUAAAGACCCUUCUGGAAGGACUGGGGAAAAAUCCACCCCUGCAACCUUGAUUAAAGAGACACAGAGUAGCGAUGGACAAGAAAAUGCCCUUCAGGAAAAGCCUAGAGUGACCAAUACUCAGUCUCUCACUGACAAGCCGAAGGCGCCGGAGGAAGGGAGAACACUUAAUACAACAUCAAUGGGAGAACAAGACUCUGAUUCUGAAAGAGAGCUUGUGAUUGACCUCGGAGAUGAACACGGAGCGCGUGACUCGAAGAGGUCAAGAAAAGACACGAGUGGCUCUUCUACCAAAACCCCAAAAGAGACUAAUGCUGCCAAAUCGGAUGGUAAAUUAGCCAAUUCUACAACAGCAGUUGCUCCAGCUACUUCUACCCUAAAAGAUGGCUUGCAGACUGCUUCAUCUGCUCCCAAUGCCGUUCCCACUUCCACCUCUGGUCAGCCCAGUGGAGCAUCAACUACCAGCAGCACUACCAGUACGCCCUCCACUCAAUCCUCAUUUACGUCAACCUCACCAGCAGUGAAGAAACAGCGUCCCCUGUUGCCCAAAGAAACAGUCCAGGCUGUACAGCGAGCAGUCGUUUGGAAUCCCACCAAAUUGCAAAAUUCCUCUCAGAAAGGACAUAUACAGAAACAGCAACAAGCAGAGCAGUCAACUGCACAAGGUCAGGGUCAAAUACAAAGUCAGCAUCAGAAUUCUUCAAGUACCCGCUAUCAGACCAGACAAGCGGCUAAAGGUGUUUAUUCAAAAGACUCAACUCAGACUACUUCAGCAUCAAGUAGCUCAUCUUCCUACUUGUCAGGAGACUUGACAAUCUCGACUGCUUCUGCAGAUGCAGCUGCAGAUAUAGCCAGAUACACAAACAAAAUUAUGGACUCAAUUAAAGGAACAAUGACUGAGAUAUACAAUGACCUUUCCAAAAACACUUCAGGAAAUACAAUUGCAGAGAUUCGGCGGCUGAGGAUAGAGAUUGAGAAGCUUCAGUGGUUGCAUCAGCAAGAGUUGUCUGAGAUGAAGCACAAUCUAGAAUUGACAAUGGCAGAGAUGAGACAGAGUCUGGAGCAGGAGCGAGAAAGGCUUGUAGCAGAGGUAAAAAAGCAGAUGGAUUUGGAAAAGCAGCAAGCUGUGGAUGAGACAAAGAAAAAACAGUGGUGCGCCAACUGCAGGAAAGAGGCCAUCUUCUACUGUUGUUGGAAUACCAGUUACUGUGAUUACCCAUGCCAGCAAGCCCACUGGCCAGAACACAUGAAAUCCUGCACACAGUCAGCUUCAGCGUCACAACAGGAACCAGAGGUGGAGCCCAAUCCAGACACUUCAAGCAAACCAACAGGCAAUUCCCCAGUCUCACAAACUUUGACUGCCCCAACAGGCGCAGCGGCCUCCUCUUCUUCCUCAUCCAUUUCAGACAAAGGCAGCUCUCCCACAUUUAUUGAGAAAAGCAAAGACAGUGCUGGGGUUACUGUGACUUGA